AACUUGGGGCGGUUUCUCCUCCCUCCUCUGCACUCGGCCUUUCCUCUUCUCCGGAGAUCUGGUUCUUCUACAAGCUGCGUACGGCUUUCAGGUAUGUCUUGUCUGAAGCUUACUGCUCCACCCAGCUUUUCCACAGUCUGAUCUUGUCCAUCCCUCUUAUCUCUCCUUCUAAAUCCUGUUUUCUGUAACGCCAUCCGUGACACAUAAACUACGGUCCUUGGUCGCUGAGAAGCUCCGCUGGGAACCCCACUCUUGUGAAGAUCCCAAGCAGGGCAUCGGCAACUUUGUCCGACCUAAUGGAAGACAAUGCCACUGCUUUGGGAUAGCGAGUGGCGUAAUCCACCACGGUCAAGAUGAAUCGUUUGCCUGAACUGCCGGGGAUGGCCAAUGGACCAAUAAUGUCCACCGACACUCUCCAGAAAGGAGAUUUUGAUAUCGUCCGAGGUCCAGGAUGAGCAUUAUAACCCCCAGCGAUGAUGAUGAGACCCAGCAGCUCCGUCAGCGUGAAGAUCACUUCCUGAGGAUGACGUAUGAAUAUUUCCAGGAUGAUCUGCUCCACAUUGUGGAGAACAUGAGUCUUCUACCACUUCUGAGUGAGCUACAGUCCCGAAAUCUCCCGGAUACUGAGAAAUACCAGAGUCUAGAACAUGAUAGAAGAAGAUUGGCGCGGACUUUACUACAGGAUAUAUGUAACCUAGGAAGAGAAGCUGUGGUAGGACUAUGGGUCAGUCUGUAUGUAUUACGGAGACAUCAUGGUUCCCCCGGCCUGGACGCUGUACUGGAGGAACUCCGUCAUAGAGGUGACAUUCUGGUGGAGCAAAUCCUGCUGGAUGAACAUGGACACCAACUGUCCCCACAACUCAAAGAUUUCCAGAUCCGUCACAAGAAACAUUUACAUGAAAGAACUGAGAAACUUCUAGAGAACAAACCUCCAAGAUGUGACCAGCGAGAGGAGAGUUUUCCAUUCUGUACACGUUAUGUCAACCUCAUCAUUGUCUCCACUGAUCACUUCAGAGAACGCUCAGAGAAUGAGCUCAUAAAGACCGGGGUAAAACAUGAUGAAUACUUAAAGAGAAAACAAUAUGAACUACAACACAUUUCCCCCAACAAACUGUUCCGCUGGUGCCACCUAUCUGAACAAGUGCCACGUAUGGUAAUGGUGAGCGGAGUGCCUGGUGUAGGGAAGACCACACUGAUGCAGAAGGUUGUCUAUGACUGGGUGAAGGGGGAUCUCUGUCAAAGAUUCUCCUUUGUCUUUUUCUUCAAAUUCCGAGAACUCAACAGACUGGAUAAAGUUAGUCUGGACACUCUAAUCCUUCAUCAGUACCCAUACCUGGAGGAGCAGCUUAGUAACAUCUUACAGGAACCAGAAAAACUUCUCUUUAUAUUUGAUGGUUUAGAUGAAAGUCUUCAUAACAUGGAUUUCUCAUCACGUCACUUUUGCUCUAAUCCUUAUCAGCCUGAACCUUGUGGUCAGAUUGUGGUUAGUUUGGUGAGAAAGUCUCUUCUUGAUGGUUGUUCUGUCCUAAUGACCAGUCGGCCAACCAGACUGGCAUCAAUUGAUUGUAGAGUUUUCAAGAGAAUAGUAGAAAUCACUGGGUUUUUACCGGAAGAACGACAGAUGUACUUUCAAAACUUCUUCUCCAACCCUGAGCUGGCGGAAAAGGCUUUUAAUUAUGUGAAGCAGAAUGACACCCUGUACACGUUCUGUUACCUCCCGUCCUACUGCUGGAUCAUCUGUACUGUAUUAUCCAAGAGCUUCCAGCCAACAAGUAGUGAUCAGUCGGUGUCAUUAUUACCCAAAACCGUCACCCAGCUGUUUGCGAUAUUUGUCGCCAACAUCCUGUUCAAUCACAGCCUGGACAAAAGUGACGCUCAGAAGAUCCUGCAGUCCAUCGGAUGGAUGGCAGAACAUGGAGUCAUGAAUCAUAGGCUUAUCUUUGAUGAACGAGAUCUGGACUGUUUCCAUGUGGACAAUACGUCAAAGCUAUUAUCAAGUUUUCUGAUGGAAUCGGAGGAACCUGUGUCCUAUUCCUUCUUACAUCUCACAGUUCAGGAAUUCUUCUCUGCCUUGGUGCAUUAUGUGGAUUAUUCUCCCGAGAAGUUACAGAAAUCACUAAAAGAUGCCAAAUCCUAUCCUGAUGGACGAGGUGAGAUGUUCCUCCGUUUCCUGUGUGGUCUAUCAGAUGGCUCCACCAGGUCAAUGCUAACUGGAUACCUGGACAGACAAGCAAAUAUGACAUCUAUAGAUGUCAUCACUUGGCUAAAGAACUUCAUUCUAGAAGAAAAGAGCGUGCAGGAAAAUGAAACCAGCAAGCGUCGUCUUCUAAGUAAAUUUUUCUAUCUGUAUGAAUCCCGGAAUAAGUCUCUGGUGCUGGAAUCACUACAAUCACACAGAAGUCUGGACUUUUCCUAUGUUCGUAUGUCGGCUGUAGACUGCACAGUGUUAGCGUUUAUUCUGGACACCUGCACAAAUAUAGAAGAACUCAAUCUACGUGGAUGUUUCUUAGACAUUGAAGGAUUAGAAAGACUUGCUCCAGGAUUACAGAACCUGCAGAAUCUGAGAUUGGCUGUUAAUGGUCUACGAGACACUUCCUGCAUCCAGUUGGCAUCUGUAAUAAGGAAUAACCAGUCCCUGAAGAUACUGGACCUGUCUAGUAACCGUCUGUCUGGUCCUCACUUCAGUGACUUGAUGGCGGCUCUGUCCAGUCCGGCCUGCAGGAUAGAGGCAUUACUAUUGCGUGGUAAUGAUCUACCAGACACUUCCUGCAUCCAGUUGGCAUCUGUAAUAAGGAAUAACCAGUCCCUGAAGACACUGGACCUGUCUCAUAACCGUCUGUCUGGUCCUCACUUCGGUGACUUGAUGGAGGCUCUGUCCAGUCCGGCCGGCAGGAUAGAGACAUUACAAUUGGGUGAUAAUCGUCUACCAGACACUUCCUGCAUCCAGUUGGCAUCUGUAAUAAGGAAUAACCCGUCCCUGAAGACACUGGACCUGUCUAAUAACCGUCUGUCUGGUCCUCACUUCAGUGACUUGAUGGCGGCUCUGUCCAGUCUGGCCUGCAGGAUAGAGACAUUACGUCUGUAUGGCAAUGGAUUAUCUGAAGAGGAGAGGGAAGCCAUAAGAAAACUGGAAAAGCAGAAACCAAAUAUGAAGAUCAUUUACUGAACUGAGAAGAAGCCGGAUUCCUCUCUGUGAUGAGCAGAUAACAGAACUUUGGUGGAGAAGACUUCUUCAGAGGUCUGGUACUAGGAGCGUCUCCUGGUGCUUUAUGGGUAAUAUCACUGAUAUACAGAAGAUAAGGAAAUGUUAUAAUAUACAUGAUACCAGAAAUGUUCUUCCCUAACUAAUUAUAUGUCCAGUAACUAAAUCCCUUCAUAAUGAGUCCAAAUCCAGGCCUGUGGGAUGUAGCAGCGUCUCCUGAAGGUCAUGUACGUUGUCAGCAAUAUACCGGUUGUCACACCGGAGGAGGCCGCACAUUGCACACAGUGUAAAUAACAAAUCACACAAACUGUUAUUUCAGUUUCUAUGUUAACCUUUACUUGAUGCGACUCACGGACAAACCAGUGUUCACAUGAUCUGUCUCCCGAUCACCAGGACCAAUAGAGGUGACAUGGCGGUGUGCGGUAUUUUACUGUACAUACACAGAUUCAGUGCUGUGUAAAAUGACAAAAAGGAGACAAAGGGUAUAAAAUGGUCCUAAAUGGACUCCUCGAGAGGACACCCAGCUGGCAGCCUACACAUCAACUACAGUAUGGAACCUCUCUAGAUCCACCACCUCCAUCUGUGUAAUAAGCUCCAUCUGUUUUAUCCUGUAAAAUCCAUACACAGAUCAGACCUACAGCUGUGAGCCACCUUGGAGGUCAUCUUGGUAAUGUUCUUGUAACCAGCUCCAAGACAGAACUGAGUGAUGGCCACCCUAAAUGUAAUGUCUUGGAAUGUGGGGGGACUAGAAACAGCAGGGAGACUUAAGAAACCAUGGGUGCAAUGGUCGGAACAUGCAUUCGGGAGCUCUUAUUCUAGAGGAGUAUCCCUGCUGAUACACCGCACUAUUCGUUGGGAGGAGCGGCAGACAGUAGUCGACCCUGAAGGGAAAUACAUCUUUGUCUAUACAUUAACUGCACCCCAUAUAUAGUGUUGAAUAUGUAUAUACUGCCUCCAGGGGCGGAUUAAGUGCAUCAUAGGCCCGAGGCUGUUUCCCAAACUUGGGCCCCUUUCCUCUAUUUAUCAAUGGCCCUGCCCAGGCCAGUGAUACUAGUCGUGACGUCACUGGGCCUGCGGUAAAAUGCGAGAAGGCCGCCGCACCGCUGCCUUCUCAAACAGCUGAUUGUCAGGGGUCCGGGUGUGUCAGACCACCGCCAAUCAGAUGCUGAUGAUCUAACCAGAGGAAAAAUUACCCAAGGUCCAUUGAAAAGGGUUUUGGUGGAAACCCUUCUGUCCUGUGUGGGGGCCUGGUUUGACCCUUGCUUUGGGGCCCUUACUUCUCUAUGUACACCCCUGCUCAAGUCCCACGGAGAACAAUAGAUUGGAGUGGCUGCAGAUAGGGAGGCAAUAUCUAAUACAUUUUAGGGAGAAAAGUGAUCGUAAGCUCUUUUUCCUCAAACAGGAAUCGUUUGAGUUGGGCAGCCAGUCUGGUAAAAUGUUGCCACACGUAGUACACAAUAACACAGCAGCUCCAUCAGUGCUACAUAUACAUCAUGCAGAGGGUGAGAUGGUGGAAGAUACAGACGGUAUACUGGCUAGAUUCCAGGAAUUUUAUCAAGAGUUGUAUCGCUCAGUGAUACAGUACACCCUCUCUGAUUUGACUAGCUAUCUGCAAGAUGCUAAGUACCUAAAAUUGCAGGAACAAGAUAGAGCGGAAGUAGAAGAUGCUAUAAGGAGAUUCGCCUCGGGAAAGUCACCUGGCCCUGAUGGCCUUCCACUAGAGGUGUACUCCAAGUACAUUGAUAUCCUUGGACCACAAUUGCACAAAAUGUAUGAGGCAGCACAACGGGAGGGAUGCCUUCCAGAGACGCUAUAUGAUGCCUCAAUAGUAGUGCUGCUGAAACCGGAUAAAAACCCACUGGAAUGCGGCUCUUAUAGGCCCAUUUCAAUAUUGUUAUCCUAUAUAAUAAAAUCUCUGUGUGCGUGUCCGUGCGUGUGUGCCAAUUUGUCUAGUGCACAUGCGCGGCGCGCUGGCCAAUCAGCACGCACGCACGGACACCGCCUACAGCGCCCAUACAUGGGCAUCCGGUGGCAGUCUCUGUGAGUGGAGGUGAGAGGCCACAUCCAUCCCUAUGUGCCGUCCUCUGUCAUCCCGAGCUGCAGGCAGCUGACGCGGGGAAACUUCCCUUCCCCCUCCCUCCCCUUAUUACUCUGACUACAUCUGUACACUCAUUAGAGAGAGCUAGGGAGGGGGCUACAGGGAAUAUAUUAUAGAGAUGGAGGGGGAUACAGGAGGAAAUACAUUGUAGUGUAUACAUAUUACACUCCAACCCCCAUCAUUACACUACAGCCCUCAUUGGAGUGUAAUAUGUGUGUAAUGAUGGGGGUUGGAGUGUAUAAUGAUGGGGGUAUAAUGAUGCUGAUGGGUCCCUGCGUCGCACAUGCCCACUAUAACAAAUGGCACACAGGCACUCACACAGGGAUUUUAUGUGAUAGGGCUGGAGUGUAAUCUUACAUAAUAAAAUCCCUGUGUGAGUGCCCAGUGUCCGUGUGUGUGCCGUUUGUUAUACUGGGCAUGCAUGGCGCGGGGACCUAUCAGCACACAGCGCUCCACACGCCGCUCACACCUGUGCGCCGGCCCGCUGCUGUGCCCAGCUCCGCCGUGACUCCUCCUCCCCCUCCAGCUUCCUCUGCGGCCGCCUCACACCCCAGGAUCCCCAUCAUUACACACAUACUAUAUUCCAACCCCCAUCAUUAUACGCAUAUUACCCUCCAACCCCCAUCAUUAUACGCAUAUUACCCUCCAACCCCCAUCAUUACACACAUAUUACACUCCAAUCCCCAUAAUUACACUCCAAUGAGGGCUGUAGUGUAAUGAUGGGGGUUGGAGUGUAAUACAUGUGUAAUGCUCUCUGCCUGUGAUAGCUUCCCUCACUUGCUACUGUGCGGCCAUUUCCUGAGUUUGGUGGACGGGGUUAGGGCGAAAUAGGAGUGAGGAGGAUGCGGUAGCUGCGGGGACUAACAUGUGCCCCCUGUGCUGACAGAUACCCAGGGUCCAGAAUAGGAGGUUCCCAUCCCUAGUGCUCCCAGCUUUGUCCUCCCAGGCUCUUUGGGAGUUCUAUGAACACCAGGAUGCGAUGCUGUAGCAGGUACGGGGCCACUCUCUGCCCGGUGCGCAGGUGUGGGCAGUGCAUAAGGGUGUCUGGUGAAGGAUACGUUGUGGCAGGCGGCGGUUGCAGGGCCCGGGUGUCAGUCAGCUGCAGAGGAAGCCGGAGGGGGAGGAGGAGGCACCGUGGAGCUGGGUCGAUGCGCAGGGCUGGGCGGUGCGCGUGGAGCGCAGUGUGUUGAUUGGCCGCCGAGCAUGCACACUUAAAGGGGUUGUCCGGGACCAAAUGUUUUUAAAAAAAACACGUUUACUCACAAUGUACAGCUAAGUAAAGACCUCCAUACAUUUUCAGCUACUUUUGCCACUUCUAUGUGGCUCCA